AUGGGUCUGAUUGCUCUAGGCAAAGAUUCGAGUCGUUCAGAACACCAACCACUUUUAAGCGAUGAACGCUAUUCUACAUUAAUUCAACUUUUUCGCCUUGAAAAUGACCGAAUUUAUAAAUUUUGUACUCAAUCACCUUUUAGUGCUUGUCUUCAAGCUGGAAUUGCUGUUCACAAAACGCCUCAAUGCAAAAAAGACUCAAAUUCUCGAUGUAUUGUUUGCAGCAGUGUUUUUGAACUUUCUGAAGGUCUUCCCUACACGCAUUUGUCUAAUUCAAGGCUUUUUUGUGCUAUUAGUGGAGAACUUUUUGAUUGUGAAGAUAAUCGACCAAUGAUGCUUCCUAACGGACACGUUUAUGGAGAAAAAUCAAUGCGUAAAUUGGCAAAAAAUAAUGAAUUUGUUUGUCCAAGAACUUUAACAGUUUAUUCUUUAGAUGAUAUUCAAAGGGUUUUUCUUUUUUAA